AACCGCAGACUGCACCGAAAGCGACCGAGGUCGAAUCUUUUAAUUCCUUUUUUCCUCUGGUUCAUUUUCUUUUACUCUAACCAACUCGCUUGCAGCUGUUGAAAAUUACUGCACUAAACAUAUUUUUGUGACUCCCUUUAGCUCCAGCCAUUGCAAGGAUUUUUUUUUUUUUUUUACUCCUCCUUCAUAUUAAAGUCGCCAUUUUGCUUCACUGCCUAUAUAAAACCUUCUUGUAUUUUAAUGUUUUCUUCAAGGAGUCGGAGACGUCUUUAUCUUUCCUGCGUGUCUCCCGAUAUUCACAUUUAUUGAGUUUUCCAACGAGACGAUUGAGAUUAAAGAAGUGCCUCGUGGUUGCCAUAUUAAUGCACGAAAGGGGGAAAAGUGGAUGCUGGAAAUAAGGUGAACGUCUUCAGGAUUUUAAUUGGCAUCUCCUUUCCCCCCCUCCCUCUUCCUCAUCUUCUUCAUCUCCCCUCGUCUUUCCUCGGAUUCAAAACGGGGACUAGGCGCGUGGCUAACGACCGUGACGACUGUCAGUCCGUCUCCAUCGAAGCCCCGGACCAGAACCGCAUGGAACAGCAGGUGUGAUGGCCAUGUAAGACCGGGAAAGGCGCAUAUACCGCGCGAGGUGUAGCCCUACCGCCUGACCCCCACGUGGGUGACCCCGGCCACCCGGCGGCUCGUGUUGGGUGACUCCCGACAUUGCAGCAUGGAGACCCCCAGUAGCCCCCGGCUGGGGAAGCUGUCAUCAGGGGGGGCUUCAAGAGGUCGUCCCCCCAAACAGGCCCACCCCCAGGAGGCUGCCAGGACCACAGCUACAGGCCCAGAGAGCAACAAACAGAGUCCUCCUUGUAGUGAAAGAGGGGAGGGGAAGAAGAAGGGGCGUCCCAGAGCUGAAGUACAGGAUCUGAGGAGUAUUCCUGCUAACAUGAUGGUCCAGUGGAAGGAUGAGUUUAAGAGGAGGUCAAGGGUAAAGUGUCCGUGUUCAGGCUGCUGGUUGGAGUUCCCCAGCAUCUACGGCCUCAAAUACCACUACCAACGCUGCCAGGGGGCAACCCUAGCGGAGAAGUUGAGUCAUGGCUGUCCGGACUGUGAGGCGGUGUUCGCCACUAAGGUCCGGCUCCAGAAGCACAAGCUGUGGAACCACCCAGAGAGAGUUACCGUGGAGACCACGGCCGAGCCCAAACUACAGAAGACCCCUGUGAAGGGGGCCGCCAAGAAAAGGCCUAUGGAGAUUACUACACCAUCGCCGGUGUUCUUCAAAGUGAAGAAGACCCAGGAUGUGUCUAGUCCCUCCCAGAAUGGGGAGUGUUCCCCCCAGAGGGGGGAGAGGAAACAGCACACACACCCCCAGCCCCCUCAACAUCAGGCCUCCUCCUCUGACACCUCCCCCAACACUCCGGAUGGCAGCGAGAGCGAUGGUGAGGGGGGAAGCCUCCUCCCACCGUAUCCAGAUGAAGACCCUGAGAGGACAAGGCACAGACGGAAGCAGAAAACUCCUAAAAAGUUCACUGGAGAACAGCCCUCCAUCUCUGGGACGUUCGGACUGAAAGGUAUGAACAAGGUAGAGGAGAAGCUAAAGGCUGGUCGUGUGAAGAGAUCAGAGGGAGGUCUGUUCAGCGAGGAGCCCCAGAGGAAGAACCCUGGCCCAGCCUCCAGAAGAGACCCACCACCCCUCACCUCUGGUACUCCAGCAGAGGCCCAGUGGCAGCAUGCCAUCUCAGAGCGAGGGGAGGUGCUCUGUCCUACCUGCUCCAUCGUCACCAGAAAGACCGUCUCCGGCCUUAAGAAACACAUGGAGAUCUGCCAAAAGCUCCAGGAUGCCCUGAAGUGCCAGGAGUGCCACAAACAGUUCAGGUCCAAGGCCGGACUCAACUACCAUACAAUGGCUGAGCACAGCAGCAAGGCCUCGGGGAGCGAGGGCCAGACGGGGGACAGGCAGGAGGAGAGAGAGAGGCUGCGCAGAGUGCUCAAACAGAUGGGACGAAUCAAGUGUCCUAACGAGGGCUGCUCGGCCCAUUUCUCCAGUCUAAUGGGGUACCAGUACCAUCAGAAGCGCUGUGGCAGAGAGCUGUCAGAGGAGGACAAGCCUGUGUUUCUGUGUCAGCACUGUGGGAAGACCUACCGCUCCAAGGCUGGCAGAGACUACCACCUCCGCACUGAACACCGCACCCCCACCACCCCAAACACCACCAACAUCAACGAUACCAACAACACUAACGCCAGCAGAGGGGUGAGCACAGAGGACUCCCAGACACAGCUUAGGGGAAGGAGGGAGCUGAACCACACGGAGAGAGAGAGGAAGGAAAAGGAGAAGUGGCAAGAGUUGUCUGCAGGUAGGGAGAAAGAGAGAGAGGAGGGGAGAGAGAGGGGUGGGGAGAGAGAGGGGCUGGGGGAGGACUUUGAGAGGACUCCCAGUGGUAGGGUGAGACGUCGGUCGGCCCAGGUAGCAGUGUUCCACCUGCAGGAGAUAGCAGAGGAUGAACUGACCAAGGACUGGGGAACCAAGCGCCGCAUCAAAGAUGACCUAGUACCGGACAGCAAGAGGUUGAACUACACUCGGCCUGGCCUUCCCAAGUUCAGUCCCAAGCUGCUGGAGAGCUGGAAGAACGAGGUCAAAGAGAAGGGUUUCCUCUGCUGCUCAAACGGAAGCUGUGAAGCUGUUUACUCCAGUGUGUCUGGGCUCAAAGCUCAUCUAGCCAACUGUAACCAGGCAGGGGGCGACGCAGGGAAGUACACCUGCUUAUUGUGUCAGAAGGAAUUCAGCUCAGAAAGUGGUGUCAAGUACCACAUCAGCAAGACACAUUCACAGAACUGGUUCCGAGCCUCUAGCCAUGUGGUGCCCAGCAGCAGCAAGAGCAAACCGUCAGAAAACAAAGAGUUUGAGAAAAAGGAGGUUAAGAACGGUGCCACCACAGGAAAGAAGAGAGGCCGCAAGCCCAAAGAGCCCCCUCAGGCCACCCCUGUCCAAAUAAAGACUCCUUUCAGUUCCACCCAAAUCUCAUCCUCCACCCCCACCCCGAACCCAACUUCAGCCGCCACCCCGAACACGGCCCAAGUCCAGCACCAGGCCCAGUCCCCGACAGAGAGGGUGAACCUGGAGACCCCGACAUUAAACAGACAGCCCAACCCCCCUACCACAAGGAAGGGAAAGACCAAGAGGGUGCCCCCUCCCUCAGAGUAGAUCUGCUUUCACUAACCCAGGAGCCAGAGAGGAUGCUAUCUCUCUGACGUGCCAUCCACAUUACGCCAGUAAGCUCAAAGACGUUAUGGACGACACGAGGACUGGGGGACAGCGAACGAAACUAAAAAUAACCAUAGAGACAUGAAAACAAUUAGAUCAUGCUUUUGAUUUGACUCUGAUCUUUGUGUUUUAACCCUAUACUGUAUACGGUGUGUGUGUCUACUGGUAUAUGCUGAUGUAACAGUUCCUUUUUUUCUCCAUUCCAUUUCUAAGCAUCAUUUCAGUUAAGCUAUUCACAACAGGGAUUAAUUGUAAUCAAAGUUCAAAUCCAACUCAAUAUAUAAAUAGCAUUUUCUAAACAAAAGUCAUAUUUCAAUAGAAUUUUGCAUAAUUCCCUAUACAUGUCUGUAGAUUCAUGUUGUGCUUGAGAGAUUUUUUAAAGGAUAUUCUAUUAGCAUGGUGAGGUAAUUUACUGCUAGUGAUUUUUCAAUGGAUAUACUGUACUGUGUAUAUAUACAAUAUAUAUAUCUAUAUAUCUAUAUACUCAAAGCAAUGACGUCAUCCAUAGUUUUUUCAAGGCAGGAAGGUCAAAUUUGCAUUUUGUUGUUUUCCACUUUGGCGUCUUAAGUUAGUUUUUCAUUGUGGCAGCUGAAUGCCGAAGUAGAGAUCUUUUUUCAUCAGUCUGCUUCAGUGCAAUACACUCAUUGUGUUUUGGCCCAGAGUACACACUGUUACGCAUAAAUCAAACUCUUUCUUCUGUUCUUAUGCUGUUCAAGUAUUUAUAGUCAUUUUGUUCAUUUCAAAUUUACACUGAAAUGGGGAUUUAUUUUUUAUUUUACAUAUGAUAUGAGAUUUUAUCCAUUUUUGAGACAGUAAUUAUACCUUGGGGCACAAGAGUAUGAUUGAGGAUGUUUACGCAAACAUUUCUAAACUAAAAUCUGUAUCUACACCAAGCAAUCUAAACGGCAUAUUCACAAAGUUUGAAGAUGUAAAAAUGUUGUUGAAUAUGUUUCCACUGCUUUUGUUGCUAAUUAUGGACUAAAUGCUGAAUCUAACAGUGGGAAAGUAUUUGACCAGAGUUGCACCAUUGCAGCACAAUCAAAUGAGUUGUCACCAUUUUGGAGAUUGAAGUCCAAAUUGAGGAUGAUCUGGAAAAAUCUACUUGCUCUUGUUUGAAUGAAAUAAUUCAGAAAAGGGAGUGGCAUAUGUCUUUUUAUAGAAAAUUGAAGUCAGUUUGAAAAUAAUAUUUUAUGAAACAAAAAAGAAAUCCUGCAAAUAUAGUUUCUAAAAACACUUGUCUUGCACUAACCCUAACCCUUCCCUCCCUUCCCCUGUUGUGUCUUUCUGCACUUGAAGAGCACUGCUAAUCUUUUCCCCCAACAUUAAUGCUCCAGAAGAGGCUGCCCUUAGACACAGAUCUAGGAACCAGCCUGCCCUCCCUAAAUUCUAACCUUAACCAUUAUGGGCAAAGACACAAAACUGGCCAUAAGUCCGUGUCUAAGGGGCAGUUUCACCCUACUCAAACCUUAACCCCCUAUAUGGGGGGUUGUAACCAGGACUAAAAAAGAACCCGAGUGGUGUCCAAAAAUAAGUACUUUUAGUCCUCUGUGACCCGCAUUCUAACCAGAUUCAAUGACAAAUGGGAAACUAACAGGGCCACCUGUCUAACUCAGAAUCCUAACAAAGCCAUAAAUGAUCCUCAGAAAUGCAAAACAUUUAGGCUGUUUUACCAGUCAUAACUGUUUUAUUGUACAAUGAAUUAAGUCUAAAUUAAAUGUCUUUAAUUUAUGAAAAAUACUAGCAUGUGCAAUCAGAGAAUUUUAAGAUGUUAUCUUAUGUAAUAAUUACUUAAAGUAGAUACUUGAAUUCACACAAAACAAAUGAAAUAAUUUGAUUGAAAUAAAACCCCUAAAAUCUUUCAUUUAUAUUUAUAUCAAUAGAGCAGAAUAGCUUGCUCUCAAAGCUACAGAUCUAUUUUAUAAUCACGUGUGUAUAUUAUCUAGUUAAUAUGAUAGCAAGGGGAGUUUGUAAAAAGUGAAUGGUUAUAUGGUGCAAUUUAAUCAGUCUGCUUGUUCAUCCAGCACAGUUUUUCCUAAAAUUGUCCUAAAAUUGUACUUUGCAUUAUGUCCAAAUACAGAUACUUAACUCAUACCAUAAUGUAAUAUUAACCCUUGUGCUGACAUUUUGUGUUCCUCAAGUUAGGAUUCAGCCCAAUAUCACCAUUGCAAUUGAAUUAGAUUUUGUAGAUAUCAGCCUACAUUGCUUUAAUCAAUAAUUGUCUAUUUUGGGAUGAUAGGAAUUCUCAAAGGGAUAGUGUGAGAUUUGGCCAAUCAAGUCAGAUGAACUCAUGGAUACCAUUUCAUGUCUCUGUGUCCAGUUUGAAGGAAGUUCAAGGUAUUUUCUGGAGCGAUUGUUAAUGACUGGAAGUCUAUGGGAUCAGCUAGCUUAAUUGCAAAAAUCUCUCACUAUCCCUUUCACGAAGGACUGGGUGUAGGCUCUGGAUAAGAGCGUCUGCUAAAUGACUUAAAUGUAAAUGUAAAUCCCUUACAUUGCAUUACGAUGAAAUACCUCCCGUAUUGUUAUAUCCACAUUUGAUAGAUGAACAACAGAGGUUAGAUAGACAAGCACUGACGGUACCUUGCGCUUUUCAAAUCCAGUUCUUCAGACCUUGGCCCUUGGCUCUCGUCUAGUGACUGGCUUGUGUGUAUAGGGAGAAUGAGCACCUUGGCUGGAGUUCAGUUAUAGAACAUGCAUCCUCACAAAGGCUUUGCAGAAACAUUCUACAGGCUACACAUUAAUUCCAACCCUUUAUUAUGAGAGGAUGUUAAGAAUAGUUAGUAGUUGGGUGUGGAGUUUUGGCACAGUAUCAAUUAUGAGUUGCUUGUUGAUUUGUUUGAUUUUUAUGUCAUAUUGACUGCUAUUGUUUACCUGACAAGCUUUGGUGUUUGCAAUAUAAUAGUUUAGCACUGCUUACCAUUGUGGAUAUUAUUAUAUACUUUAUUUGACCCUUUACUACCUGUCUUCCUAGAUGAUGUGGGAAACACAUAUCCCGCAGUUUGAGCUAAUGUAGAAUACAGCAGCAACUGCAACAAUAUGUUUAGAGAGUACAGCAAUACACCAUAUUUUGUCGGUCACAUUGGCUUGCUAAUGUUUUGAUAUCCAGUGUAAUUGACACAUUUAAUGGCUAAUUUAUUUCACCCAACCUAUCCCUUUGUUUGUUUGCUUAAGAAUGUUCUUUUCUCAGUGACAAAUCAAAAAAAAGAAGAAAAAAAUGAAACAAAAAAGUUGAAGUGGAAGUCCAUCAAAUGUGAUGGUCUGUGUUGAAAUACACUGUUUAACGUGUUUGACGAUGCACAUUUCAUUUAGCUCUUCGGGACACAUUGGCACACAUAUGGAGAAUGUUCAGUUGUCGAUAUCUGAGGGUGAACAAGGAGGCGUGUGUGUGUGUGUUUGUUUUUAGUGCACUUACUAUCCAAUGAAAUAGGCUUGAAUUAGGAGUGUUGUCUCCAGAGCUUUUUAGUGGUCUGGACUGUGUGUGGUUUGACUUUUGUAUCUGGGCAUAGGCUAAGGUGUCUUCCCUUUUUCACUAAAUGCUAUUUCCCCCUUUAAUGUUUUAUCUUACAAACAUUCACAAUCUCAAACGGCUUCAGAUUACUAUUUGUUUUGAAAAUUGACCAUUAUAGAGAGGAUACAAAAUGAUUGGUUAUGUUGAGAAGAAUACCUAUGAUGUUUUUCCUGUUUUCUAUGUUGAAGUUGUUCAUAUCUGAAGCUAUAUCCUAACUAGGGAGGCACCACACCUCUGAAUCUGGUCUGUUACAAUUUUUCAAAAUUGUUGUAUUACCUGUGCAUUAUUAUCCCUCAAAUAAUGAAUAAAAAUGUUGUUGACUAAG